CAUUGUUUGUCAGUUUUAAAGUAUUAUGUUCUUCUACAUACUUAAACCGUUCCUAACUAUCUAAUGAGUAUUUAACUCUGUCUAAUGAGCAAUGAAUGGAAACUGCCAGGAUUAACUUCUGAUUUCUACAAUCUUUCACAUCCUGUAAGGAAGCUACCACAGUUUGAUGUUUUUCUAUCUCAAAAGUAGGUGAAGAAAUGGAUGAAAAGCCCCCGCCCAUUCCCACUUUUAUGACUGCUCAAGUAUUCAACCCAUAUAAAGCAAUGCAGCAAGUUUUGGAUAAUCUUACUGAUUUACCCUCAUCAUCAGGAGCUGAAGAAAUAGACCUUAUUUUCUUGAAAGGAAUUAUGGAGAAUCCUAUUGUCAAAUCACUUGCUAAGGCUCAUGAACGAUUAGAGGAUUCUAAACUUGAGGCUGUGAGUGAUAACAAUCUGGAGCUAGUCAAUGAGAUUCUUGAAGACAUCAGUCCAUUAAUAAAUAAAGAUGAAAAUAUUGCUGAAUUGGUUGGUAUACUAAAGGAACCUCACUUUCUGUCACUCUUAGAAGCUCAUGAUAUUGUGGCAUCAAAGUGUUAUGAAUCUCCUCCCUCUAGUCCAGAAAUAAAUAAUGCUUCGGUGAACAAUCAGAUAGUACCAGUAGAUGCUAUUCGUAUACUUGGCAUUCAUAAAAGAGCAGGGGAGCCUCUGGGUGUGACAUUUAGGGUGGAGAAUAAUGACCUGGUGAUUGCAAGAAUCCUUCAUGGAGGAAUGAUAGACCGACAAGGUCUCCUACAUGUAGGUGAUAUCAUUAAAGAGGUUAAUGGUCAUGAAGUUGGAAGCAAUCCAAAAGAAUUGCAAGAACUCCUGAAGAGUAUUAGUGGUAGUGUCACUCUGAAGAUUCUUCCUAGCUACAAAGAUAAUAUUGUUCCCCAACAGGUAUUUGUGAAGUGUCACUUUGAUUAUAAUCCAUUCAAUGAUAAUCUCAUUCCAUGCAAAGAAGCUGGUCUUAAAUUUUCCAAGGGAGAAAUUCUUCAGAUUGUUAAUCGAGAAGACCCAAACUGGUGGCAGGCCAGUCAUGUCAAAGAAGGAGGAAGUGCAGGUCUUAUUCCUAGCCAGUUCUUAGAAGAAAAGAGGAAAGCAUUUGUUAGACGGGACUGGGAAAAUUCAAGUCCUUUCUGUGGGACAAUAAAUAGUAAAAGGAAGAAAAAAAUGAUGUAUCUCACAACUAGAAAUGCAGAAUUUGAUCGACAUGAAAUUCAGAUAUAUGAGGAAGUAGCAAAAAUGCCUCCAUUUCAAAGAAAAACACUGGUCUUAAUAGGAGCCCAAGGAGUUGGCCGAAGAAGUUUGAAAAACAGAUUUAUUGUACUGAAUCCCACAAAAUUUGGAACCACAGUCCCAUUUACAUCACGGAAACCGAGGGAUGAUGAGAAAGAUGGACAAGCAUACCGGUUUGUGUCACGAAGUGAAAUGGAGGCAGAUAUUAAAGCAGGAAGAUAUUUAGAACAUGGGGAAUAUGAAGGAAAUCUUUAUGGUACCAAAAUAGAUUCUAUCAUUGAAGUGGUUCAGACUGGAAGAACAUGUAUCUUGGAUGUGAAUCCACAGGCACUUAAAGUGUUGCGGACAUCAGAGUUUAUGCCCUAUGUAGUUUUUAUUGCUGCUCCAGAACUUGAAACCCUGCGUGCAAUGCACAAAGCUGUAGUUGAUGCAGGAAUUACAACCAAGCUUCUAACAGAUACUGAUUUGAAGAAAACUGUUGAUGAGAGUGCACGGAUCCAGAGAGCUUAUAGUCACUACUUUGAUCUGAUUAUUGUGAAUGACAACCUAGACAAAGCUUUUGAGAAGUUGCAAACUGCUACAGAGAAAUUGAGGAUGGAAUCACAGUGGGUCCCGAUUAGCUGGGUAUACUGACAGUUCUUUUAAAGAUGAAACAAACAUCACGUUAUGUUAGUCGAAACACUAUACUAAGAAAGUAUUGUACAGUGGUGCCAGAUACUUGGCAGGACCCGAUAUGUUUUUAUUUUGUGUAUAUUAAUAUUAUGCUAGUCAAAUUUUUAUACAAAAUGUUGACGGGAAAGUGUACUUAAUAUGUAAUUUAUUUUAAUUUUUCUAACUUUUUACAAAUAACCUUUUUAUUCAUAUCACAUGAAGGAAAUGCGUUGAAGCAUUUUUAUAAAUGUUUUGAUUUACUACUUUGCCUUUAUUCAUCUAAAGAACUUCCCAGUCAUUCAUUUAUACAUUUGAUCUUACAUUUUCACUGUGAUAAGGAGAAAAAUACUUGAAAGGGUUUUUGUAAAACUUUGUUUUAAAUCAAAUGUUUCAUCUGAUUAAUUUUUAUUAUUUAGUUAUAAUCCUUGUCCUAAUUAGCAUAUCUCCUUAACAUAAGCAGAAUUUUUAAUAAAGCAACCAGCACUGAGCCAUGUUAUUGAAGCAUAUUUGCUUAAUGUUUAUCCAUGUUUUACAGCUGUUUUGUCUUAGACAGAUGUACUGUAGACUUUUAGUAGAUUCCCUUUUUACAUAAAUGUAAAAGCAAUAUCUUGAACUUUCUCUAAGAGUCCCUUUUAAAAAGCCAACAUUUCAACCCGUUCAGUAAGUAUUUUUCAAAGAAUUCUCGUAAUGUAAAUUCAUUGUGUUUGAGGUAAUGGUGAAGUAGCCUGAAAGAACCUCAUGCUACAGAGUCUUAGUGAAGAGCUCAGCAUGUAGAAUGUAUGUUCUUAGUUGUGGAAAACUCAUAGCUUAGAGGAACAAAGUAUGCUUUUUUUAUUAUGACCUCGCUCUGUAUUUGUAUAUUGUUCUAUGACGACUGGUUUUUAGUUUAUACUAGAGUAUUUAUGAGUGAUUUUGUGUGUUAUAAAAUGUGAUGUGAUGGGGCUUUGAGCUGAUCCUUUGUGUUACAUGGCUUUAUUCAUCAAAUAGAGUGUGAAACUAAAAUUAUUGUUAGAUGCUAAAAUUCAGUGUUAUUUAUCAAAGAAUUUAUUUUUGUUUCACACUCAUGUUUUACAGUGUUAGCUAAUAACUCUUCCCUUAGUUUGUUCAUUAUCUUAGGUUCAUAUUUACUGAUUGCAUAAAUACAUUUCUGAUAAUAUUCUAUUGAGGAGAUGUAAAUAUGGAUGAUUACUAAGAGGGAAUAAUCUGAUGAUCAUGUUUUAUAUUAUGCCUGCUAUUAUAAAUAGAUCCAUCCAUUGCUAACAUACAGAGGGCCUGAGGUGGUUAUCUCCCCAUUUCAUUUAUUUUGCAUAUGAGUUUGGACACUAGGAUUACAGAGCUUAUUUUCAAUACCAAAGUAUCAUACACAAGAUGCAAACAAUGAAAAAUAUUGGAAAAGACCAAGACGGUCCAAACUUACCUUCUAAUUAUUUUGGUUUUUCAGAUGCACAAGGAAACAGGGUUUCAAUAGUUUUUAGUUUAUAUAGAGAAAUGUUGACACCAAAAAG